AUGGAUGCUCUUCGUCAAACCAUCAGUCGAACGGCUCUUGGCCUAGCUGAAUAUAUAACACCAGUUCUGAAAGAAUCGAAAUUCCGGGAAACUGGCGUUAUCACUCCUGCUGAGUUCGUAGCUGCCGGGGAUUUUUUAGUCCAUCAUUGCCCAACAUGGCAAUGGUCCGGAGGCGAGCCUAGCAAGGCUCGAUCCUACCUACCUUCAGAAAAGCAGUUUCUCUUUACCAAAGGAGUCCCGUGUUACAAGAGAGCUAAUCAGCUGUUUAACAUAAGAGAGGACUCUGAUCAAAUUGUGGAAGAGCAUGAUGUUGAGGGUGGCUGGGUUGAGACAUGCUUUUUUGGCAAUUCAGAAAAAGCUGAUUCAGCCGAAGUUGAUAGUGAACCGGGAGCUUGCGGUGAUGUUUCCGUCGCAAAGGCAACGGAAUGCACCGAGAAAAUUAACGAUGAUGGGGAGGAUGAAGAAGAGGCGGAGGACUUGGAUGCAUAUAUUCAAAGUGGGAUGCUUGACGAGACUGAUCCUCAAGCCAUUUCUGAGAGAAUUUGUCAGCCUUCGAAAUCUUCUGGUGCUAAAGAUGACGCCUUUGUGGGGAAUGGAGUACUUCAAACGCGUACAUAUGAUCUCUAUAUCACCUACGAUAAAUACUACCAGACUGCCCGCUUUUGGCUUUGUGGAUACGAUGAGCAUCACAACCCAUUGUCGGAGGCGCAAAUGUAUGAAGACUUCAGUCAAGAUCAUGCGAAAAAGACUAUUACAACAGAGUCACACCCACACCUUUCCGGAGCUCCAAUGCCUUCUAUCCAUCCCUGUCGUCAGGCGGAGGUGAUGAAAAAGCUGAUGGAGAUGAUUGAAUCCUCCGCCUCCAACCCUUCUGUUACUGCCUCCAUCCCCACUGGAGGUGCAGAAACGUCGGGACGUCAGUUGGGAGUGCACCAGUACCUAGUUGUCUUCCUUAAGUUCGUUCAAACUGUCAUCCCCACCAUUGAGUACGACUUUACCCGCAACUUCAAGAUCUCCUGA